UUUAUGUGUUUUAUUUAUGUUUUAGGCGCCAAGUGGCACUUACGACGAAAAAUAUUAACUCCCACAUUUCAUUUUAACAUAUUGCAGCAGUUUGUUGAGAUUUUGCUCGAGGAAGGCGAAAACAUGACUAUGUCUUUGAAAAAUACAGGAGACACAGUUGUAAAAGAUUUAGUUCCAUUCGUUAGUGAACAUACGUUGAAUGCAAUAUGUGAAACUGCGAUGGGCACUUCACUCCAAGGCCUUAAUGCAUUCCAACAGCAGUAUCGAAACGCGGUUCAUCGGAUGGGCGAAUUUUUUGUUUAUAGGUAAUGUAUAGUUACUAGACAACAAAAGCGC